GUCGCGAUUGGCUGAGGCCGCCGGCUUUUUUACGCUUGUGAGUGUGUUGUGAUCGUGUGUGUGUUAAUGUGACAGAUGAUUUAAAGUAUCUCCAAGACAUCCACAGGUUGCUCAUGCUGCACAGGGAAUGUAUUCGCAGUCGGGACUUUGAUCACAGUGAAGCAGUGACAGACCUUUGUUGGAUUUGGAGCAGCUGCGUAAUUGCGACCUUUUCUGCACGAUGACAGAAGUGGCCAGUCACGCUUCAAUAAUGGACUGUGAGAUGAUGUUCCAGCCAGAGUCAGAUCAGAUGUCCCCAGUUGAAUCUAAGUCUCCGUCUCUGGACCUGAUUGACACGGGGAAGGGUCUGAAGGUCCAGACAGCCUCUCCCCAUCUGGUGAGCCUGGGCAGCGGGAGGCUCAGUGUGGCCAUCACCCUGCUGCCACUCAAAGAAGGGGUGACCCGCAUUGGCCGAGAAGAUGCUCCAAUUCCUCAAGAUAUCACCAUCCAGGGAGCAGGCAUCGAGGCAGAGCACUGUCUCAUCUUCAAUGAAGGAGGAGUGGUGACCCUUGACCCCUGUGGUAACCUCUGCAGUCUGGAUGGAGUGCAGGUCACUGUGCCCACACCACUAACACAAGGUUAUUCUCUGUGUCUGGGUAAAUCCUACUUCUUUCGGUUCAACCAUCCCGAGGAAGCAACCAGAAUGAAAAGUAUGCUUCCACAAAAGAGCCCCGUGUCAGCUUUGGCCUACAACACAGACUACCUGAAGUUCAGCAGUGACUAUAGCCAUUCGGUGGUGGGUGGCACCGGCAGUUCUCGGGGGAUGCGAUCUGCCUCUGAGCUCCGGGACUUGAUGGACACCCUGCAGCGCAAGAAGAUCGCCCUGGAGAACAGCCUGAGAGCCAAUGGGAACGCAAACCCCUCCUACUUCAGCGUGACACAGUCUCCUCCCACCACACCUAUCACGAGUCCUACCACAUCCUCAUCAUCCUACCAGGAGCAGGCGAGGCGCUUCUAUGGCUCAGAACGUUCGACCAUGUCUUUGAAAUCCCCUCCCCCUCUUUCCCCUGGACGACGAUCCGACCCCUCUUCUUCUCUGUCCUCACGCUCCUCGGUCAAUCGCAACCAGGACAACUACGGCAGUAGCGAUAGCCGACGGCUGCACAACACGGGCUCCUCGUCUUCACUGUCCACAUGGAACGGCGGAGGCUCCACCACCUCUGUUGAUGCCAGCAAUAACUAUCUCCUGUCUCUUCCUCCACCGUCAUCCCGCACUCCAUCAGGAGGAGGUGCAGCCAGCAUGCCCUCAAGUCCCCGUCUUGGCCGCCGCAGUUAUGGCACCCAAGAGCCAGUGCCCAGCAGUAGGACCAGGAAAUACUCAACAGGCUCUCUUAAUGGUUUGACGGGAGGAGGGCACAGUCGCUCGCUGCCACGCCUCUGCCCCACCCAGUCUCCCCGUGACAACAACAACGGAGUCCUCACCUUGUCGACGCUGCCUCCACGGCGAUCCGAUGGCGCUGGCGGUUAUAAAGUGAACAAAGACUAUUACAAUAACAACCACAAUGCCAGCCCGGACCUCAACCACAACUCCAGCCAGCAUUCCUCCAACAGGAAUCAAAUCAGAAAUGCAACUCAGGGAGAAAGUGUUGUGUCUAUCUCCCUUUCCUCCCCUAAAAUCUUGCCCCCCACCACUUCCUCUAUCUCUGCCACCACUGCCCCACCGGAUGUGACCCUCCCAUCUAAGACAGGGGGCUCUUCUUCUCCUCGUGUGGCCAAGAAAGUCAGCCUGACCUCCACCAGCUCUGUGGGCUCCAUCCACCCCACGACCUCCAACCCUCCAGAGCAGGAACGGCUGGCUAGCAAUGGGGUCUCCAGCGAGAGGGAGAGGCUCACUGCUGCCCCGGGGCUUGGAUUUGGAGAGAGGAUGUCUUCCUUUGGGAAGGCAGGGCUGGAGCCUUGGAUGGGGCUGGGUGAGAGGAGGCAGUCGUUUGGAAAGGCAGGAGUGACCCCACCUGGAGGUUUCAGGGAACGAAGGGGGAGUAUCAGCUCACUGAGCGGGAAGGAGGAGCUGACCGACUACCACCAGCACCAAAAGGAGGAGAGACUCCGCGAGCAGGAGGUGGAGAGACUGGAGCGACAGCGUCUGGAGACCAUCCUGUCUCUGUGCUCGGAGCUGGGCCGGUCUGAGAGAGACGAAGGCGGACCCGCUCCCACUUCAGCCGUGACGGAUCUCCAGAAGAUCAACCAGGAGCUCGAGAAGCUUCAACUGAACGACGAGGACGAUGACGACACACCAUCGGUCUUUUCUGAUUCUUCAGCUGUUAACGGAACGGGGAACGGACACAUGGCGUCCCAUGGAUCAGAGAAUGGCUUCUAUGACGAUGAUCUGCCGGUACGACGGAGGCGCAGCAGUGGUCAGCGAGACGCCAGGGCUGAAUCACCUGCUGUCAGCCUGCGGAGCUUCGCCGCCUCACCUUCUCCACGUGCACAGAGGAACAAUGAGGCUUUAGAUGAUGCAGCUCGUCGCCGCGGACAGGCAAUAAGGGCUUCAGAGGAGGAAGUGAGGCGUGUAGAAGAAGAGAGGAUCCAAGUACUCAACAACAUGGAGGAGCUGGAGCAAAAGAUCAAGGAGCUGGACAACCAAAUAGAAGAAUCUGCCCAAGAGGUGGAGCUGGAGCGAGCUCUGGUCGAGGCUGAGCAGGAGUCGGAGGUCGCCGCUCUCCAGCAGGAAAGAGAUGCUCUGGAAGCGCUUCACAACAAGAUGACUGACCUGGAUUCCAAGUCCCAGCAGGAAAAAGAAAAGGCGUGCGAGGUGCUACAGGCAGAAAGGGGCAGAGUAGAGAGGUUGGCUCAGAUUGUGUGUGAGCAGCGCUCCCAGCUGGACAGCUGCCCUGAGGCCACCAAGGAGCCCCUGCAGGAGCAGCUGGCCAGGGACUGUGAGGUUUUGGAUGCAGAGUCAAAACGCUUCGAGGACCUGGAGUUCCAGCAGCUGGAGAAAGAGAGCAGGCAGGACGAGGAGAAGGAGACGCACACACAACAUCUUCUCCGGGAGAUCGCAGACUUCCAGCGGAGCAGUGUGUCUCGCAAGGAGCGACUGUUAACUCUUAAGAAGCAGGCAGUGCAGAUUACCCAGCAGGCUCAACGAGAGAAAGAGAGCUUCUUGAAGGAGAGGAGCACCCUCGAAGCAAUGCUGCAAAGGGAGAAAGCAAACCUCUCCAUGCUGGAAAGGAAAUAUGCUGAGCUCACUGGUGGCCGAGGUUUCACUCUUAGAGAGGAGACAGCCUCUCUGGCUGAUGUGUGUCAGUCCUUUAGCGAUCGUUGCCAUGACACCACCUACACCAAACUUUCUCCUCCUCCAGUCGACCCUUGCGUCUUCUCAUCCCUCCUUUCCUCUAAUUCUCGCAAGAAAGCAGAGGGCUAUGUCACAGUCAGUGAAAUCAAUGAGCUUUACUCACAGCUUGGGGGGGACCCUAAACCCGCCCCUGCGCCCGCUCUGACCAAUGCCUCUACUGAGUCCGGGGGGAAGCCCUCCUCUAACGAAGACACCCCUAAACCACCGGAGGACGAGCAUUUCCGUUUGCUGGAAGAAAGGAAAAGGUCUGAGAGAGGAGGGGGGUCCCAUCUAAGUGACACAUUACCCAGGAAGAAAACCACACCUAUGAUGACCCCCCAGUUCACCUGUGCCACACUGGGACGCAGCUACCCUACCAAGUCCCAUCAUCCCCUGGUACAGAGCACAAGUUGUGGCAGCAUUCUCCCAAGAUUUCUCUCCUUAUCCAACAAGGAAGCUGAAUCUCGACAUCUGCAUAAAGCUCAGUCCGGGUCCCGAGCAGCUUCCCAGACCAACGUCUACCUCGAUGCCUUCGGGUACAGCGACAACCAGGCCUUCGACACGAUGAGUGUGGAUAGUUCCGACUCCGUUGAAACCAGCAUCUCUGCAUGCUCUCCUGAUAAUGUCUCCAGUGCCAGUACGUCAAAUAUGGCCAAGCUAGAGGAGAUGGAGCGACUGCUGAGAGAAGCCCAGGCAGAGAAGCACCGCCUCAUCGAAAACAAGGAGCAAGAAAUGGAAGUGCGAAUGCAGGCGCUGGACGAGGAGAGGAAAAGAAGGGAGGACCUGGAGAAGAGGCUGCAGGAGGAGACGAGCAGACGGCAGAAACUCAUAGAUCGUGAGGUGAAACUGAGAGAAAAGCAGAGGGCACAGGCCCGGCCGCUAACACGCUACCUGCCGGUGCGUAAAGAUGAUUUUGACCUGCGGGCUCACAUUGAGUCGGCGGGUCACAGCCCAGACACAUGCUUCCACUUAUCCAUCUCUGAGAAGACCUGCAGGGGCUACCUGAUCAAAAUGGGAGGCAAAAUCAAAACCUGGAAGAAACGCUGGUUCGUGUUCGACCGCAACCGACGCACACUCUCCUAUUAUUCAGACAAGCAUGAAGCCAAGCUGAAAGGAGUCAUCUACUUCCAAGCUAUUGAAGAAGUGUAUUAUGAUCACUUGAAGAAUGCACACAAGAGCCCGAACCCCUCCCUGACCUUCAGUGUAAAGACUCACGACAGAGUUUACUACAUGGUAGCUCCCUCUCCUGAGGCCAUGAGGAUCUGGAUGGAUGUGAUCGUCACAGGCGCUGAGGGAUACACACAGUUCAUGGUGUAGUGAAGGAGCGGGAUACGCAACGUUCUACGCCUCUUUGUGGCUUUAAAGACUACAAUUGAUUUUGUCUCCGGAUGGAUGUUUGUAUCAUCUAUGCUGAAGAAUGCUGUGUAGAGACGUCAGCGUUGCGUUUUGUCCACCUCAUUCACAAGAUGAGCACGGUUUUCUAUCAUAUGCUGAGAAUUCAUGUGAAAUGGUAAGCAGAUCAUUAUUUGGAUAUUUUAAGGCCAUGGGUUCAAUCCAGAAACUUCAUGUAGAAAAGUAGAUCUGAAUGUGCCGUUGUGCCCUCAACGUGUUGUUUAAAGACAUAAAUGUUAAUAACAUAUAUUUUACAUGAGCUUAUUACAACCUAUGUUCUUCAGAGAAGAGCAGAUUGACUCCAUUUUGGGCAUAAGAAGCUUUUUUACAAAGGAUGUUUAAUGUGGAGAAGCUUUAUCUAUAGUAUAUCAUUAUCAACAUCAUGAUUGUCAUUUAUGGUCAACUAAAAAUACCAAAUGCUAUGUGCCAUACAAAGGCUUAACCUUUUCAACUUCAUAGUAGAACAGGUGGUCAAUUUCACAGUUGUAUCAAAUAUUUUUGACCGUUUCAAGUGUAUUUUAAUCAUAUUAUGUACAAAAUAAAGAAUUCAUAUUCAGUAAGUAAAAGCAGUUGAGCAAAUAUAUUAUCAUUUUAACUUUUAUUGCCUUGAUUUCUAUUUUCUGUGGCAUUCUCAGGUCUUAACGGUGUGCAUGCAUCAAAUGAUCAUGUGUGAAAUUAUACACGUGUUACAAAGUGCCUCUUCAAUGUAAACUCCUAUUUACUGAGAGCUUCUAUUGUAGCUCCAAGGUGCUAUUCUCACAUGGUUGAAUGACUAGUUAUCCAAGUACAACCAUCACAUAGAUGUUCAGUUGAUUUAGCUCUAGUAAUUCAGUAAUGUAUGGAUUACUGUUCUGGGUUUACAAUAGUGUCACCACAGGCUCAGUUAUGAAGCUCUAUUCAAACACCAUUUGAGUCAUGCUUGUUAUUUUCCAACACGAAGAUUUAGUUUAAUAGGCCUGAGGAAUAAUGACUUUUGUUAAGGCACGAAAUAGAGAUAUUUGUACAUUUUGUUUCUAAGUUGUAGUUAAGAUUAGUGAGGACGGUUAUGAUCCAUAUUAAACUCCUUUUGUGUGAUUGACAUGCAUAUUAUCUUUACUUUUAAGAGCUUAAUGUAUCUAUAUACAAUGCCAAACUGUUAAAGGUGAGAAAACACGAGUGUCUUUUAAGAUGUCAGACAGAAAGAAUAUGGUACAGGAACUCAAAAAGAAAACUGACUGAUAUAAAAUGUUGUGCUGCUUUGGUCCACUAGCUUUCAUGAAUUGCCUUUAUUACCACUGAUGCAAGGUGUUUUUUACCUGACUAUUCCCAUUGAUCACUAAAGCUGCUUUUAUAUGUCAUAUCAUACUCCAUAUUGAUCAGUGCCUGCCUCUUGCUAUUGCUUUUUACAUAUUGACCAAAGUACAUGUUUAUGUGGUGUAUUGUAUAUGUUUCUUUGCUUUAAAUCUUUAAGUACAAUAAGAUCAAAAUGGUGUUUGUUUGUGCAUGACAAAAUCAUAGUUCAACCACUAAAGGAGCUGUUACAGUGGAAGUUUCUAUGAGCUUUCUAUGUUCUUGUUUUUCUUUUUGGAAAUUAUUUUGUAUGUUGACCCUUCUGUAUUUAUGCCAUUACAAAUGCAUGUUUCUUAAUUUUGUAUUUCCAUAUAUAAAUAAUAAAAAUUGUAUAUUUUACCUUU